UGCCUUCCCCUUUCCCGAUCCGAUCACAUCAGACGCCCUUCCUGAACGAACUGCCCCCGUCCCACGCACUUUGACUCGCCGCCCCCGUCGCAGCCCCCUCUCCCGAUCCCCAAAUCCCCCGGCGCGAUGGCGGCCAGCCUGUGGCGCUCGCUGAUGGGCACGGGCGACUCAUCCUCCUCCUCGGCGCCGGGCGGGGGCGGCGACGCGGCGGGCGGGGUCGAGUUCUGGCACGGGGUGGAGCGCUCGGGGUGGCUAAACAAGCAGGGCGAGUACAUCAAGACGUGGCGGCGGCGGUGGUUCGUGCUUAAGCAGGGCCGGCUCUUCUGGUUCAAGGACCCCGCCGUGACGCGGGCCUCGGUGCCCCGCGGCGUCAUCCCCGUCGCCUCCUGCCUCACCGUCAAGGGCGCCGAGGACGUGCUCAACCGCCAGUUCGCCUUCGAGCUCUCCACUCCGGCCGAGACCAUGUACUUCAUCGCCGACUCCGAGAAGGAGAAGGAGGAGUGGAUCAACUCCAUAGGCCGGUCCAUCGUCCAGCACUCCCGAUCCGUCACCGACGCCGAGGUCGUCGACUACGACAGCCGCCCCCAGCCCCCGCCGCAGCCCAAGGCGAGCGAAGCGAGUGAACCGUCAGCGUAAGAUCGCGGUGAUCUCUAUGCAUCUCUCUCGAUAUGGCUCUCAAUUGUAGUAUAUGUACUUCCAAGUGAUUGUGAGCUUGUGGCGACGUUCCUUUCUUCCUUGUGUCGUGAUUAUAUGUAUAUUAAUUACGGCCGUCGGGUAAUAAGUUCGGUAUUUUUUUGUGUAUAGCUUGUUCUUCUCGACUAUACUACUUAUUGGUCUUGCAACAGCAUAAUUUACCAACUGGUUGAUGUUUUCGUUA